AUGACUCGCACGCAGCGCCCUCCGCCGUCUAACCGUUCACGGAAUCCCGACCCAAGAUCCGAUGAAAGAAUCUAUAACAUAAUCCCAUUAAACAACUUACACCCUGAUCAUCCAUCCCACCGUUUCCCAGAAGUACAUGCUGCCAUUGCUGCUCUGAAGGCUGGUGUUGACCUCCGCAGAUCACCCUCUAUCCAACUGCAACCCAACGACGACCUCCUCGACUGGCUUGGCAUCUUGUUCGGUUUCCAAGGUCACAACGUGUUAAACCAACGGGAGCACCUCGUUCUCCACCUCGCUAACGCCCAGAUGCGGUUGCAGCCACCACCCGACAAUAUUAACACCCUCGACCCCGCCAUGCUACGCCGUUUUCGCGUUAAGUUGCUCAAGAACUACACGCACUGGUGCUCUUUUCUUGGCCGUAAAUCUAGCGUCUGGGUCACCACAUCCUCCGGCGCCGACAGAGACCUACUGUAUGCUGCACUCUAUCUACUCAUUUGGGGCGAGUCCGCGAAUCUACGCUUCAUGCCUGAGUGUAUUUGUUAUAUAUUUCAUCAUAUGGCUGAGGAACUAAAUAAAAUUCUAGAUGAAUACAUCGAUGAGAACACCGCCGGUAGGCCUGCCGAGGUAAGCAACAGUAAAAACGGCACAACACCUCAUUCUAAUUGGAGGAAUUACGAUGACAUCAACGAGUACUUUUGGAGUAGAAGUUGUUUCGAGAAAUUGAAAUGGCCUAUGGAAAUCGGGAGUAAUUUCUUUGAGACAAAAAGCAAAGAAAAGUGGGAAGGGAAGACGGGUUUCGUUGAGCAGAGAUCUUUUCUGAACCUAUUUAGAAGCUUCGAUAAGUUGUGGACUAUGUUGUUCCUCUAUCUACAAGCUGCCAUCAUUGUUGCGUGGAAAGAUUCCAACGAUCCUCAGUUGCACGCUUUAAACGACAAAGAUGUUCAAGCAGAGCUUUUGAGUGUGUUCAUAACUUGGAGUUCCCUAAGGUUCCUGAAAGCUCUUCUCGAUGUUGUGAUGCAGUAUAAACUGGUUUCCAGAGAGACUUCUUUCUGGCUUGGUGUAAGAAUGGCGUUGAAGAUCACUGUUUCGAUUGUUUGGAUUACUGUUUUUGCGACGUUGUAUGCUAGAAUCUGGAGUCAGAAAAAGAAGGAUAUGGGUUGGUCAGAUAACACUACUAAAGAAGUGAUAAGUUUCCUCAAGACAGCAUUCGUCUUCAUCAUCCCUCAAGUCUUAGCACCAGUCCUCUUCAUUUUUCCAAUUCCUACUGACUUGAUCGAGACUACUAACUGGAGCGUCUUCUACACGAUAACAUGGUGGUUUCAGACUAGAGCUUUUGUGGGCCGAGGACUUAAGGAAGGAUGGGUUGAUAGGAUGAAGUAUUCUAUGUUCUGGAUCAUGGUUCUCGCCACAAAGUUUUGUUUUAGUUACUUCUUUCAGAUCAAACCAAUGAUUCAUCCCACUAAAGACCUCUUACACCACUCCAACAUCACAUACGAAUGGCAUCAGUUCUUUAGUAAAAGCAACAGGUUUGCAGUUGGCCUUAUCUGGCUACCAGUUGUAUUGAUCUAUUUGAUGGACUUACAAAUCUGGUACUCCAUUUAUUCUUCAUUUGUGGGUGCGGGUGUUGGGUUGUUUAGCCAUUUGGGUGAGAUCCGCAACAUGCAACAACUGAAAUUGAGGUUUCAGUUUUUUGCUGGUGCAAUACGAUAUAAUCUCAUGCCAGUUGAGUUGUCGCUAGUUCCUAUUAACUUGAUUAAAACUCAAUGGGGCAUGGCUAGAGAUCGCCUUCAUCGAUUGCGAUUAAGGUAUGGUCUUGGCCUGCCUUUCAAGAAAAUUGAAUCAAACGAAGUUGAGGCCUUUAAAUUUGCGGCGACAUGGAAUGAAAUAAUUUUGAAUUUUAGAAAAGAAGACAUUGUUAGUGAUGAGGAAGUUGAGCUUCUUGAGAUGCCUCGAGAUACAUGGAAUGGUAGAGUCCUAGGAUGGCCGUGUUUUCUACUUUGUAAAGAGUUAUAUCUUGCUAUCAACCAGGCAAAAGAGUUGACUGAUACAGGAGACGAGUGGUUAUGGCAUAAGAUCCAAAAGAAUGAGUACAGACGUUGUUCGGUUAUAGAAACUUACGACAGUGUCAAGAAGUUGCUGCUCUCGAUCGUAGAGGACGAAACGCAAGAAAUCGCAAUUCUCAGAAAACUGUUUGAAGAAAUCGAAAACUCAAUUGAUAUCGGCAUGUUUACUAAUACGUUUAACAUGUCCGCCCUUCCCAUGAUUCAUGAUAAAUUGGUCACUCUUGUCGAUUUGAUCAUAAAGUCGAAAAAAGAUUAUGAGAAAGUGGAUAACACGCUACAGGAACUUUACGAGCUUUUCAUAAGGGAUUUCUUCACAAAGAAAAGGACCAUAAAGAAGCUUAUAGACGACGGCUUGGUUCCUGACAGCUGGCCGCUUUCAGGCGCAGGUUCAUUGCGGCUGUUUUUAGAAAAUGUUGUCAAGUUGCCUGAUCCAAGCGAUGAGGUUUUCUAUCGACAGACUCGAAGACUCCACAUGAUUCUCACAUCACCUGACUUGUUGAACAAUAUUCCUGUGAAUAUUGAGGCCAGGCGACGACUUGCAUUCUUCAGUAACUCCUUGUUUAUGAACAUACCUCAUGCUCCUGUAGUUGAGAAGAUGAUGGCUUUCAGUGUCUUGACACCCUACUACAAUGAAGAUGUAGUGUACCAAAAAGAACAACUUGUUACAGAAAACGAGGAUGGGGUUUCCAUUCUUUAUUAUCUAAAGACCGUUUAUGCUGAUGAAUGGGCCAACUUUUUGCAACGAAUGCGUCGCAAAGGGCUUGUCUCAGAGGAUGAGUUGUGGACAACUAAGCUCAGAGAACUUCAGCUUUGGGCAUCAUACAGAGGCCAGACCCUUGCUCGCACAGUUAGGGGAAUGAUGUACAAUUCUCGAGCACUUCAGAAGCUAAACUUGUUUGAUGCGGCAUCUAAGGAAAACAUUGAUACUGAUGGGGUUAAUGCUUUGGAAACAUGUUAUAAGCGCGGAAUGGAGUCGAUAAAAUAUACGUACAUAGUUGCCUGUCAGAUAUAUGGGACUCAAAAGGCGAAAAAGGAUCCUAAUGCUAAUGAGAUUUUGUGUUUAAUGAUAGCAAACCGAGAUCUUCGUGUGGCCUAUGUUGAUGAGGUGUCCACAAGAGAUGGAACAGAUUAUUAUUCUGUUCUCGUCAAGUAUGAUUGGACUUUGGAAAGAGAAGUUGAAAUUUAUCGGAUACAGUUGCCGGGUCCUUUGAAGCUUGGCGAGGGAAAGCCCGAGAAUCAGAACCAUGCACUCAUUUUUACUCGGGGGGAAGCCGUUCAAACCAUUGAUAUGAAUCAAGACAACUAUUUUGAGGAGGCUCUUAAGAUGAGGAAUUUACUUGAGGAGUUCAAAGUUUCAUAUGGUAUUCAUAGGCCACAAAUUUUGGGAGUUAGGGAACAUAUCUUUACGGGUUCUGUCUCUUCCCUUGCUUGGUUCAUGUCGGCUCAAGAAACAAGCUUUGUGACAUUGGGCCAACGCGUUUUGGCAAACCCUUUGAAAAUCCGGUUUCAUUAUGGGCAUCCAGAUGUGUUUGAUAGAUUUUGGUUCUUAACUCGUGGUGGAAUCAGUAAAGCAUCGAAACCAAUCAACUUAAGUGAAGACAUUUUUGCUGGUUUUAACUGCACCUUAAGAGGGGGAAACGUGACUCACCAUGAGUACAUACAAGUCGGAAAAGGAAGGGAUGUCGGGUUAAACCAAGUAUCCAUGUUCGAAGCAAAAGUUGCAAGCGGAAACGGCGAACAAGUUCUUAGUAGAGACGUUUACAGAUUGGGCCAUAGACUCGAUUUCUUCAGAAUGCUUUCGUUUUUCUACACAACAGUUGGAUUCUUUUUCAACACCAUGAUGAUUUCGUUAGCUGUAUAUGCCUUUUUGUGGAGUCGGUUAUAUCUCGCAUUGAGUGGGGUCGAGAAUGUUGUAGCGGACAAUGCUAACACAACCAAUGCUUUGGCUACGAUUUUAAACCAGCAGUUUCUUGUCCAGCUUGGACUUCUCACUGUCUUGCCCAUGAUUUUCGAAAACACUCUUGAAUUCGGAUUUUUCUCAGCAAUUUGGGAUUUCAUAGUAAUGCAGCUACAACUUUCCUCUGUAUUCUACACAUUUUCUGUGGGAACCCGUUCUCAUUACUUUGGUCGAACCAUCCUUCACGGAGGAGCAAAAUACAGGGCAACAGGGCGUGGUUUUGUGGUGCAUCACACGAGUUUUGCUGAGAAUUACAGACUCUAUGCUCGUAGCCAUUUUAUAAAAGCGAUUGAACUUGGUUUGAUCCUAAUCAUUUAUGUUGUAUAUAGCCCUGUUGCUAAAGGAACAUUCGCCUACAUUGCAUUGACCAUUUCAAGUUGGUUCCUUGUGGUUUCAUGGAUCAUGGCACCAUUUGUGUUCAAUCCUUCUGGGUUCGAUUGGUUAAAAACAGUCGGAGAUUUUUACGAUUUCAUCAACUGGAUACACUUUCGAGGUAGCGUGCUUGCAACACCUGAAGAGAGCUGGGAAAAAUGGUGGUAUGAUGAACAGGAUCAUCUGAGAACAACUGGUGUAUAUGGAAAGUGUUCGGAAAUUAUUUUGGAUUUACGGUUUUUCUUUUUCCAGUAUGGAAUGGUUUAUAAAUUGGGUAUUGCUGCCGAUAGUAAAAGCAUUGCUGUUUACUUCCUUUCUUGGAUCUUCAUGGCUGUGGUUCUUGUAGCUUAUAUGACUAUUGUAUACGCACGUAAAAAGUAUUCUGCGAGAAAACAUAUCUACUAUCGGUUGAUUCAGCUCCUUGUUACUGUUCUUGGAAUACUUAUGAUAAUUGUUCUUAUGGUGUUCACACAGUUCAAGCUUCUUGAUCUGUUAACGAGUUUGUUGGUCUUCCUUCCCACUGGGUGGGGUGUUCUUUUGAUUGCCCAAUUGUUCCGAACCAUUUUGGAGAAAGCUAAGUUGUGGGAGACUGUUGUCUCGAUUGCUCGCAUGUACGAUAUGAUGUUUGGGAUGAUUGUUUUGGCACCGGUGGCUGCUUUAUCAUGGUUUCCGGGGUCACAGUCGAUGCAAACCAGAAUCCUUUUCAAUGAAGCAUUUAGUAGGGGUUUGGGAUAUGCGAAAUGGUUGUUGAAAGGGAAACCAAAACUUAAACAACGAUUCCAGGAUUGAUGCAUCUUUUAUAUUGUGUGACGACUUUUGUGUUUGUCUUGUCGGGCAAUAUGGCAUUCCUUCUAUGUUUUGCAUUAUUAUAUGUCAAAGUGUGCUUGUGUUUGUAAAAUAAUUAACAUCUGAUUUCAUGAAAAUGUUAGUACUUUAGAAGAUCAAAACUAAAGUUAUCUGUUAAUUAUUAUUCUGAUUGUUUUAUGUAAUUUGAGGUUUUCUUUCAUCUCCCUCCUACUAAAAUUAAUGGGUGGUGACUGGUGAGCAUAGCAUGGUUCCUGCCAUACUACCUUUACUUGCUGGUAGCCACCUCCAAAUGCUGAGCAAAGGCCAUCCAUAGCUGAAGCUUUCAAAACAUAUGCAGUAGCAUGACUCCAUUAUUUCCAAGCCACAUGCAAGUCUUGCU